AUGUUUUCUUCUCAUUCUGUUGGUAGAACUAGUUUAGUGCUCAGUAGUAAAACUAAAUCUUUUCCUACGUCGUCACGUGUCCCCAACACAGAUAGCUUGCAGUCCACUACUGUGACUGGUGUUCUUUCUUCAUCUUCUUCUGAAACUUCAAGUAUUUCUCCAUCCGUGUCAUCUUCAGUUACCUCUUCUACUGCAACAACCACUGUUUUGACUCUUUCUUCUACAACACAAUGUCCCGAGUCUAUCUCUGUUACAAUAGUCUCUUCGCCUUCCACUGCACCAUGCAUGCAAAUGGAACACAAUACUCAAGUUUCUUCUAUGCCCACUAUCCCGUUAUCUGUUUUUACCUCUACUACUGAAAUGGCCACCUCUGUUAGUUCCAUCCCCAUGAGUUCUAUUUUUCCUUCAAAAUUGCAUACUUCGUCAGAAACCGAGCCCUCCAACAUCACUGAUGCUCCUAGUUCUAUCAGCCCUGGAACUGUUCCCAUUAACACUGUUUUGAUGAGCACACAAAGAGCCAUCAUCGGGCCGAAAAAGAACCUGCACUUAGUAACUACCACACGUGCACCUGGCUUCAGUCGCCUCUCGCUGAUCAGAAAACCAAGGAGCAGAUAUUCAACCGCCAUGUUGACUUCAAGCAAGUUUACCAGCCGCACCCCAUCCAGUACCAGGAAUUCAGGAAUACCGUUGGCCACCCUUGCAUCACCCAGGACAACUUCGACCAGUACUCAGAUGACCAUGCAGGCUAGAUUGAACGGCAUCCCAGGCCCUUGUUACAAUGGUGGCACCUUGAUUCAGGGUAGCUGUUCCUGCCCCAGAACUUUCUAUGGCUCCCUCUGCCAGUUUGCUGUGGAACAGAUGGAUAUAGACACAGUGGACGCUGAAGUGGGUAUGGAGGUAUCUGUCUACCAGGAAUUCUCCUCGGACCUCAAUGACAACACUUCUCAGUCCUAUAAGAAUUUCAGCAACAGCUUCCUGGAUCAGAUACAGAGAAUUUACCAAAAUGUGCAGGGGUUCAAGGAUGUGAAGAUCCUGUCCCUGAGGAAUGGCAGCAUUGUGGUGGACUAUCUGGUUCAGCUGGAGUUACCCUUCAGCCUCCAACUGGAGAGUGAGUAUGAGAAGGUGAAGAUAGCCCUGAAGGAGGAGCUCCAGAAUGUUAGCCAAGAUGGGAACAGCUGCCAGAAUGACCAGGACCUGUGUUUUAAGCCUGAUUCCAUCAAGUUGAACAACAUCACCAGGACGGAGCUGUCUCCAGAAGCCAUCUGCAGCCGCGCCGCUGCCGAGGGCUACGAGGAUUUCUACUUCCCCUUGCUGGUGGAGAACCGGCUCCGCUGUGUCACCAAAUGCACGAGGGGCGUGGACGGCGCCAUCGACUGUCAUCAGGGCCAGUGCCUUCUGGAGAGGAGCGGUCCUGCUUGCCGCUGCUUCUCCUCUGACACGCACUGGUUCUUGGGCCCGCACUGCGAGGUGUCCAUUCCCUGGAGGGCGCUUGUCGGGGGCCUGGCGGGGGCCUCAGCGCUGAUGCUGCUGCUGGUGGCGCUGAGCGUCUUCCUGGCACGCUCCCGGAAGAGUGGCGGCCAAGGCGGAGGCCGGUCCUGGGAUGACAGAAAGUGGUUCGAGACCUGGGAUGAGAAUACCGUGGGGACUUUUUUAAAGUUGGGCUUCGAGGAUGACGGAACAGUCAAGGAUGGAGCCUUCCAUGUGGCUUUGGAGAAUGUGGACAGCAAUGUGAGGAUGCACAUCCACAGAUCUGAAGUGACCUCGUCCUCACUGUGAGUCCCGCACUACCUUCUCCAUCCCGUCCUGGGCAGCGGAAAGAACCAUCUGCAUUGCAUUUCAAGAGGUGGCCAAGGACUUGUGCAGCUGUCUGCUGGUUUCCUUGGGCAAAAUCAGACUCUCCCCCGACCCCCUUCCUUCUCCCAAUUUGGGUGAAACCCAUCUGGAGACUCAGUUCAAAUCCAGGCUCUUCCACUGUGGGACCUUGGGCAAGUCAGUAACUUCUCUGAACCUCGGUUUCAUCACCUGUAAAAUGAAUGCGGCACAUUCGUCCCGAUACCUGGUGGAAUUAUUGUGAAAACCAGAUAUGCUUCGUCAGACCUCUGUCCCAGUGCACCUUCCUGUGUCGGCCCUCAUGCUUAUAUGGCUUCUCUUAGAUCCUCAAGCCCCACAUCCUUCCCUGGGUCUCAGGCCUCUAUCUCUCAUUUUCCAGUGUACAUCCCCAUGGCCUGUUCCUCACCCCACACCUGCAGCCAGCCUGCAGCCCGCCCUCCCCACCCUCUGUGUGUGACCCCCUGCUGUUCUCCUUGCUCCCUUCAAGCUCCUCUUCUGCACCCACUUAGGUCACCCCUCCCCCACCACAGUGCCUCGCCCUGUGUCUCCCCCUAGUUUCCAUAUUUCCCCCUUCCCCAUCUUUGUACCCUCAGCCCUAAAUCUUGCCCCCAUUCAGUGCCCCAGUCCUAAAUCCUCCCUCCCCCAGCCCCUGCCCUGUCCCUAGCUAAGGAUGCCCUCUGCUUCUUAGGACCCCCAGCUCCAUUCUGAGGCCUCAUCCCUUCCUGUCACCCCAAGGGCCCUGGACCCUGGUGGAUGGGGGUGGGAGGUAGGUUUCCCCAGGCCAGGUCCCCCAAUCUGAGGCCCCAUCCCUUCCUGUCACCCCAAGGGCUCUGGAUCCUGGUGAGUGAGGCUGGGAGGUAGGUUUCCCCAAGUCCCUGAAGAUGAGAGGAAGUGGGACCCCAAAGUGGAACAGCUCCCCCAGCAGCUCCUCCUCAUUCCCCUAACUCUCCCUCCCCUCCCUUACUGCUUCCCCUCUUCCCACCCCCUUCUCACCUCACCUCCCCCUUCUUCUUCCUGGUCUCACCUCCAUCCCUACAGUAACCACUGAAGCCAGAAGCCCCCUGCCUCCUUUGCAGAAAGAUCUUAUUUGGGGACAGGAAGUCUGCGAGUCUCCAA